GAAGUUGCAUACGUAUUUGCAUGAAUUGCUAACCAUGUAUCUUUCUAUUGGAAAGGUUAUACGUUCAACUGUCUUAUUCACAUCGAAUUACAAUCGAUUCUUUAUUGAAAUAUAAAAUUGCCCCAAGCUAUCUAGAACCCACACUUUAAUUAUGCGAUCUCCUGUUCAGCCAUCCAUUGACAAAUACGGAGAAUACACUUUUAAGUAUUUUGAGUUGAGUUAAGAGAUCCAAUUUUCCUGAACACCUUCCGGAUUCACGCACCAGGCAGGCACUGCUUUGCAUAAACCAGGAAGUUUGCAUAACCUGGUUGCUAUAGUUACUGGUAUUCUAAACAACGGGAGGUAACAUUGCCGCAGUUCGCGAUGCAAGUACAAUUGUAACUAAUUUCUCAGAACAUUUUUAAGUAAACCUGAAUGGCGAUAUGGGAACCAUUUCUAAACUUGAUGAACCGGGUCGCCGCCGGGGCGUUGGGUUCGGCACAUCCCAGGAUAGGAAACUCUUUCCUACCAACUUUGCACCAAACCGUCUAGGAAACCAAAUGUUCCGCAAGGAAGAGCCGCACCGCGGCCCGGGCUGCUAUGAGAACCAUGAGUUUCGCAGCAUGAUGUACGACAUCCAGAAGAGGCCGAUGUGCAAGAAAGGAUACGUCCUCUCUGCGAGGACCGCCGUGCGGUUUUUAGAGGCCAACAGGACAGUGACCCCCUCACCUCAAAAGUACCAGCAGGAUCAAUCCCGGUCCAGAAUCCUGCCGCCUGGCAAAACGCCUUUCAAUUCCUCGGCAGUGAGGGUUACGACCAAGCCGGAUGCAAGCCUCAGCAUGCCAGGCCCUGGGACAUAUUCUCAUGAAGUAGCAAUCGGCCGGAAGGUCGUCUGGCCGAUGAGCUUUGGGUCUCCAGAUUGGGUGAAAUUCCCUCAGCUUAAGAAGAAAACGCUGAGAGCAGAGCUCCAGUGUGACAAGGACUUCAAGAAGCACAGGGCCAGAGUAGCCUACUUGAGAAUGUACUUCUGAACGGCCUUCAGCGGUGUCCCCUGCGUCAGGAAAUCACUUCCUUUAACGAUCACUUAGGGUUAGUGUAGUAAUAACCCUAACCCUCAUGUAUCCAAUGAGCCACAGAAAAAACAGAUCUUAACUGUUUAUUUCAAAAUGUUUUGUUGUUUUUACCAAAGCCAACCUGACAAAUGUCUAAAACAAAAUAAAGAAAUUAAACCAUA